AUGGAGUCUCUCCUGCUGCCCGUGCUGCUGCUGUUGGCCGUACUGUGGACACAGGCAGCCGCCCUCAUUAACCUCAAGUACUCGGUAGAAGAGGAACAGCGCGCCGGGACGGUGAUCGCCAACGUGGCCAAGGACGCUCGUGAGGCGGGUUUCGCUCUGGAUCCACGGCAGACCUCUGCCUUUCGUGUGGUGUCCAACUCAGCUCCGCACCUGGUGGAUAUUAACCCCAGUUCGGGCCUGCUUGUCACCAAGCAGAAGAUCGACCGCGACCUGCUGUGCCGCCAGAGCCCCAAGUGCAUCAUAUCGCUUGAGGUCAUGUCCAGCUCAAUGGAGAUAUGUGUGAUUAAGGUGGAGAUCAAGGAUCUGAACGACAAUGCGCCCAGCUUUCCAGCGGCACAAAUUGAGCUGGAGAUCUCAGAGGCGGCUAGUCCAGGCACGCGCAUCCCGCUGGACAGCGCCUAUGACCCGGACUCCGGCAGCUUUGGCGUGCAGACGUAUGAGCUCACGCCUAAUGAGCUGUUUGGCCUGGAGAUCAAGACGCGUGGCGAUGGCUCACGAUUUGCGGAACUUGUAGUGGAGAAGAGUCUGGAUCGAGAGAUGCAGUCGCACUACAGCUUUCACAUCACUGCGCUCGACGGCGGCGACCCACCGCACCUGGGCACUGUUGGCCUCAGCAUCAAGGUGACCGAUUCCAAUGACAACAACCCGGUGUUUGGCGAGUCCACCUAUGCAGUGAGCGUGCCAGAGAACUCACCUCCCAAUACACCGGUCAUCCGCCUCAAUGCCAGCGACCCAGACGAGGGCACCAAUGGACAGGUGGUCUACUCCUUCUACGGCUAUGUCAAUGACCGCACGCGCGAGCUUUUCCAGAUCGAUCCGCACAGUGGCCUGGUCACAGUCACCGGUGCCCUAGACUAUGAAGAGGGCCACGUGUACGAACUGGACGUGCAGGCCAAGGACUUAGGACCCAACUCCAUCCCGGCACACUGCAAGGUGACCGUCAGCGUUCUGGACACCAAUGACAACCCACCGGUCAUCAACCUGCUGUCAGUUAACAGCGAGCUGGUGGAGGUGAGCGAGAGUGCCCCUCCAGGCUACGUGAUUGCGCUGGUGCGGGUGUCUGAUCGGGACUCUGGCCUCAAUGGGCGCGUGCAGUGCCGUUUGCUGGGCAACGUGCCCUUUCGGCUUCAGGAGUAUGAGAGCUUCUCUACUAUCCUGGUGGAUGGACGGCUGGACCGUGAGCAGCAUGACCAGUACAACCUCACGAUCCAGGCGCGUGACGGCGGUGUGCCCAUGCUGCAGAGUGCUAAGUCCUUUACAGUUCGAAUAACUGACGAGAAUGACAACCACCCGCACUUCUCCAAGCCUUACUACCAGGUCAUUGUGCAGGAGAACAACACGCCCGGCGCCUACCUGCUUUCUGUGUCUGCCCGAGACCCAGACCUGGGUCUCAAUGGCAGUGUCUCCUACCAGAUCGUGCCAUCGCAGGUGCGGGACAUGCCUGUCUUCACCUAUGUCUCUAUCAACCCCAACUCCGGUGACAUCUACGCACUUCGAUCCUUCAACCACGAGCAGACCAAGACAUUCGAAUUCAAGGUGCUGGCCAAGGAUGGCGGCCUGCCCUCGCUGCAGAGCAACGCCACCGUUCGGGUCAUCAUCCUCGACGUCAAUGAUAAUACUCCGGUCAUCACGGCCCCACCCCUGAUCAAUGGCACUGCAGAGGUCUACAUCCCCCGCAACUCUGGCAUAGGCUACCUGGUGACGGUCGUCAAAGCAGACGACUACGAUGAGGGCGAGAACGGCCGGGUCACCUACGACAUGACCGAGGGCGACCGUGGCUUCUUUGAAAUAGAUCAGGUCAAUGGCGAAGUCAGAACCACUCGCACCUUUAGUGAGAGCUCAAAGGCUUCUUAUGAGCUUAUUGUGGUGGCCCACGACCAUGGCAAGACGUCUCUCUCCGCCUCUGCACUCCUAUUAAUCUACCUGUCCCCUGCUCUUGACGCCCAAGAGUCAAUGGGCUCUGUGAACUUGUCCCUCAUUUUCAUUAUCGCCCUGGGCUCCAUUGCGGGCAUCCUCUUUGUCACUAUGAUCUUCGUGGCAAUCAAGUGCAAGCGAGACAACAAAGAGAUCCGGACCUACAACUGCAGUAAUUGUUUAACCAUCACUUGUCUCCUCGGCUGUUUUAUAAAAGGACAAAACAGCAAGUGUCUGCAUUGCAUCUCGGUUUCUCCCAUUAGCAAGGAGCAAGACAAAAAGGUAGAGGAGAAAGUGAGCCUGAGGGGAGAGAGAAUCGCUGAGUACUCCUAUGGGCAUCAAAAGAAAUCAAGCAAGAAGAAAAAAAUCAGUAAGAAUGACAUUCGUCUGGUACCCCGGGAUGUGGAGGAGACAGACAAAAUGAAUGUUGUCAGUUGCUCCUCCCUGACUUCUUCCCUCAACUAUUUCGACUACCACCAGCAGACACUGCCCCUGGGCUGCCGCCGCUCUGAGAGUACUUUCCUGAAUGUGGAGAACCAGAAUACCCGCAAUACCAGCGCCAACCACAUCUAUCAUCACUCUUUCAACAGCCAAGGCCCCCAGCAGCCAGACUUGAUCAUCAAUGGUGUGCCUCUGCCUGAGACUGAAAACUAUUCCUUUGACUCCAACUAUGUGAACAGCCGAGCCCAUUUAAUCAAAAGCAGCUCCACCUUCAAGGACUUAGAGGGCAACAGUCUGAAGGAUAGUGGUCAUGAAGAGAGCGACCAGACUGACAGUGAACAUGAUGUCCAGCGGAGCCUAUACUGUGAUACUGCUGUCAAUGAUGUGCUGAACACCAGUGUGACGUCCAUGGGAUCUCAGAUGCCUGACCAUGAUCAGAAUGAAGGAUUUCAUUGCAGGGAAGAAUGCAGGAUUCUUGGCCACUCUGACAGGUGCUGGAUGCCCCGGAACCCCAUGCCCACCAGGUCCAAGUCCCCUGAGCAUGUGAGGAAUGUCAUAGCUCUGUCCAUUGAAGCUACUGCUGCUGAUGUUGAGGCUUAUGACGACUGCGGCCCCACCAAGCGGACUUUUGCAACCUUUGGAAAAGAUGUCAGUGACCACUCAGCUGAGGAGAGGCCCACCCUGAAAGGCAGAAGAACUGUUGAUGUGACCAUCUGCAGCCCCAAGCUCAAUGGCGCUAUUCGGGAGGCGGGCAAUGGUUGUGAGGCUGUUAGCCCUAUCACCUCCCCCCUACACCUCAAGAGCCCUCUGCCCACCAAGCCCUCCAUGUCUUACACCCUGGCGCCCCCUGCCAGUGAUCUGGAGCAGUAUGUCAACAAUGGCCUUUCUCGUCCCUCUGAAGCUGAGCCCCGUGGAGCCGACAGCGAGAAAGUCAUCCAUGAGGUCAACCCCACUCUGAAGGAGGGUCGCGACAAAGAAUCUCCUGGUAUGAAGUGUCUGAAGGAUAUCGUUCUCUAAAGCAGUCUAGGGGAAGAAGAGAGAGAAUCCAUACUGGUUAUUGAAGAAGAAGGAGCUGAUUGUUUUAAUUGCUCAUUAAUGGUUGGUUCUUGAGUGGCUGUGAUUUCAGAGCUUUCCCUAAAUGUAUUGUUUAUAAGUGACUAUCAUUCUUUGACAAUCCCUCUUGUUUCAACAAGCAGCAGGGGUGUUCAGUUGGAGCAAAUUAGCUUUGGUUUGAGUUGUUCAUGGGGCCUUGAUGUUGGGGAAACAGAGACAAAUUCAGUUGUGAAAAGUAUUAUGUAUUAAGUGUUUGAAUUUGUGUAUUUUUCUAUGUCAAAAUCAUAAUAUAAAUUACCAUUGUUUGUGGAGGAUUACAUUUAAAAAAAGCAAAAAAAAAAAAAGAAAGAAAAAGAAAGCUCUGGAGAUCUUUAAUAAGCUUGCCACUGUUUUGUAGUGUAGACAAGUUAAUGGUCAUUUAUUGUGUACUAUUCCUUGAUUCAGUGAUGUGAAAUUGAGUCCCCAAAAGGUUGUUUCUGAAGCUUGAGUACUUUCCAGUUACGCUACUUUGCUAUGGACACCCCUGCUUU